GCGUUCGAUUCUCUCUCUCCUUCGAUGGCUUCUUCCUCGUCUCUCAUUCGCCGGACGGUUCUCGUCGCGGCGAUCGUAGCGAUGGUGACAACUGGAGAGGCUGAUGAGGGGGGCAACCAGAGAGAGUUCGAUUACUUCAAGCUGGCGAUGCAAUGGCCCGGCACAUACUGCCAGCGGACUCGCCAUUGCUGCUCCUCCAACGCCUGUUGCCGCGGCUCAAAUUCUCCAGCUGAGUUCACUAUACACGGACUAUGGCCUGAUUACAAUGAUGGAAGUUGGCCUGCCUGUUGCAGUCGAUCUCGUUUCAAUGAAAAAGAGAUCUCUACAUUGGUUGGUGCACUUGAUAAAUACUGGCCAUCUUUAAGUUGUGGUUCAUCUUCAACUUGUCAUGGCGGAAAAGGAUCAUUCUGGGCUCAUGAGUGGGAGAAGCAUGGAACUUGCUCCUUUCCUGUACUGCAAGAUGAGUACAACUACUUUUUAACAACUCUGAAUGUCUACUUCAAGUACAAUAUCACUAGAGUACUAAAUGAUGCUGGAUAUCUGCCUUCCAACACUGAAAAAUAUCCUAUUGGGGGCAUCGUUUCUGCAAUUCAGAAUGCUUUCCAUGUGACCCCAGAAAUAGCUUGCUCCAAUGGGGCUUUGGAGGAGCUUUACUUAUGCUUCUAUAAGGACUUUCAGCCUCGAGAGUGUGCGGUCGGGUCUAUCCUACUACAAGAUAUGAGCUUAUCAAAAAGCUCAUGUCCCAAGUAUGUCAGCUUGCCAGAAUAUGUGUCACCUGGGCGAGCAAAGACUGAAUGGACGAUGUCGUCGGUUCCCCAAAUCGAAGCUCUCUAGGCGCUCGACUGGCAGAGGCUGCCCAUCAUCCAGUUGGCAUUCGAUCUUGAUUGGGGUGGUUUUUGACCUGUAUGUAUAUGUCUACUGCCUAGAAUGAUGAUUCACGUUGUGUUCAUAAUCAUCAAGAGCGAACUAGUGCAAUAUGCGCAUGUUGGUAGUUGCUCGGAGCUUCCCACUUCGGGGGUCAGAUAUUUCAGAUAUGCUUACUACGAAACUACAGCUUAGUGAAA